AUGGUGCUUCUCUUUUCUGUUGAAAAUCCGACAGGCAAGGAUGGUGGCAAGGAGGACGGGAAGGGUGAGGUGCCUUACGCGUGGUCCACCUUCAAGGAUCGCAUCGCCGUCAUCUAUGAUGAUCGAAAGGGCGUGCAGCCGUCUGAAGAGGAAAUUGAGUGGCAGCUUCAAGUGGCUCAGUUCCCUGUAACGCCGCACUUUUUCGUCACGCCCUUCGAUGGCGUUAUGGACGGAAACGAUGAGCAAGAGUCGAAGGCGCUGCAGUUGGUGUUUGAGGACAUCAUGCAUUGCGUUCAGCGAAGAGAGAAUGUCACUGUGAUCCACCGAGGCGUCAACGCUGAGGCACAUCUCGAGACUAUCUUGAUCUCCUUUCUUCAGGCAGUUCGAUCGUCUGCGGAGUACGGAAUGCAAGUUGUAGCGGACGAAAUCGCGAAGGAAAAGCAGAUGCAGCGGCUGCUGCAGAUGAACGCGAACUCGGGGGACGCAGAUGCAACGGAGGCGCGCGGCACGAAAGCGCACGAACGCGAUACCACGGGGCAGGGUGGGGGCGGCGUGCAGCUGUCAAAGGCGCUGCGUAGGAAAAUUGCCAAGCUGCGACAGGAAUACCACUACCAGCACCCCGCCGAUAGGCAAGUAGCCGCAAGGAGCCGCUAUGGGCUCAUCUCAGCCGCUCACAAUGACCUAUUGUAUCCACCACGCAAUGACUCCUCCUUGCUGAGGCCGCAGGCGUUUAUCGCGUAUCCCCCAGUGAGCCGUGCUACCCGGACAUCGAGGGCUGCCUCGCUGGCGGCGGCCAAGAGCACGCGUAGCCACACUAUCUUGUUCAAUCAGAUGCAGCGCCGUAAUACUGCAAAGAUGCUGGAAGAGCUACGGGAACAGGAGGCAGUCGGCGACUGUGAACCUAUUCCCGGAAACGGCUGGGGGGACAAAGUCACGUUCUACACGUUCGACGGCGCGUCGUCCGUGAUGGCGUUGCCGGGGAUUCCCAACCUUGACGAGGUGAUUCGCGAGUUGGCGGUCGACUUUUGGGUUCGCACCGACUUGAAGCCAGCGGACGGCAAACGAGUACUGAUGCAAAUGAUGGAGGGUCAACGCGAGGAUGUUGGCCAGCUGUUCCAACUGAGCCUCAACUGGUACGAAGAUAUGCCGGACUCUCUCCGAGUCGUUAUUCGCGACUCUGCCAACCGAGUGCUGGAGGCGGUGGGCUCUGUGGCGAAGGUGGGACUCACCGACGGCACCAAGUUCCAUCACGUGAUGUUACGCGUUCACAGUUUAGAGGAGGGCCAGUUGUCGUGCGAGGUGGACGGGCGACCCAUUAACAUUCAGCUCAUUCAGCAAGAGCAUCCCGUCGCUUUUAACCCGUGGUCGCAUCGCCUCUUUGUGGGCGGCUACCUUGACGAGGUGAACUCACCAGCCUUGGUCUUUCGUGGGGUCAUCGCGGAGCUGCGGUUCUGGUCAGGCGUAUUCCCCUCGCAUCCUAUUGUGCGGUGGCCGCUCUUUGCCGUCGAGGGCGGGAUGCUACAGGAAAUGACGCGCACAAUUCCCGCCGACCAUCACGAGACACUCUUGAACCUGCACGCGGUAGAGGAGUCACCGCCGCGCAGUGCCCCAUCCUUUGAUGGCAACCUAGUGGUGAACGUCGGAACGUUGCCGCUGUUUGGUCAGCUCAUGCACAACUGGCGAAUGGAGCUGUCUUUUCGCACUGACGUCUCGUCGCGCAUGAUGACGCUCGUAGGCGUGACGGAUCGAAACUUCAAAAUGCAAGAGUUCGGCAUCGUGCUGAACUCGGAGCCGGUCAUUACAAAGGAGCGGCUGCGCUACCACGAGCUUCACACGACCUUCUACAUUGUGGACGCAUUCGGUGCCUGCUGCUCAGCGCUACUCCGCGGCACCGAGCGUCAGAACUUGAUGGAUGGUGAGUGGCACAAGCUCGUGUGGCGGUGCAUCGACAGUGAGACAAACAAUUUCAGUGUCAAGGUGGAUGAUGUUCUGCAGGACCUGCUCUUCGUGUCGCGGGAGGGACCGACGCGGUUCGUGAUCUACGACAAUUGGAUCGCAGUUGGCGGACACAACGUGCGAAACUGGAAAAUUCAGCGCCCUUUCAUUGGGCAGAUUGGCCACUUUUUCCUCUCCUUGCAGAGAUGCCCCUAUGUGACGCUGGCGAUGGACGAGGGCCCUGGUGCUUACGUACUGCAGGAUCGCUCGCAUCACAACAAUCAUGGGCUGCUCAUCAACUCCACGACGAACGUUGUGCGCCGCAACGAUGUGGUGUGGACUCAAGGCCCCGCCGAUAAGUCCGAUGACGUCGACAACGCUGCCUGGCCUGACAUGCGGAUCUUCAAGAAUAACAAUGUUUCCGUUGCAGCGGUGGCUUUCACGUGCGCUUUCGGUGAGCGCAGCGUUGCGCACGAGACGCUGUACGAUGUGCUCUCGGGGAAAUUCCACGAGGUCGAGAACGCACCGCACAUUCUCACCGAGCGCACAGAGGCGCAGUGGAAGUCGUGGUAUGGUCUACCUGCGGAGUGCUACCACGCACUGGACAGUGUGGCACGCCUGGAGGAGUCUAUCAACGUGGUCCUGAGGGCAGAGGCACCACGGGGGCACCUGCUGGUCACGGUGCAUAUCGGCGACUGCUUUGCUUCUGUGCUCCAUAUCCGCGAGCCGGAGCUGCCAACUGACGCGGUGUACGACUGCAACAUGCUCAAGUGGCACUAUCCGUACAUGGUCGAAGGAAUGCAGGGCCGGCGCGAGCUCAUGCUGAAUCGCAUGAUCGAAGGUGUGGAGAGGGUGCUGCUUAGCGACACGCUGAAGCCGUACGUUACUGCCAAGUUGGGUCCCCUGAAUUCCGGAUCCCGGUCGGUGCUCACCGACGACAUCAUUCGCAGCCUGCAGAAUAUCGGGUGGCCAUGGUUCUUGCCAGUAGUGCUUCACACGCACCUGUUGAAUGCCGAAUUCGGCUCGACCCUGCAUCUGAUUCAGCGCGUCCGCCCCCAUAUGUCGGCGAAUGAAGCGGCAGCUGUCUCUUUCGUCAGCAAGAAACUCACUGACGGUGUUCGCGAGAACGCGUCGCUGAUGAUUCAGCGGAACUGGCGUGUCCGUCUGGCGAAGCGCGAGGCUGCGCGGCGGAGCGAGCUGCGCAGCUUGAACGACCGGAAGGUAGAGGAAAUACGCGCACUUCGUAUGAAUGCGACCGUCAAGAUGAAGGAAUCUCUAUGCGCGCUGCUCAUUACGCUGCACCAUCCGCAGUGUCCUGGCGUGCCGGCCAUCGACAGCGAUACAGGACCCCUUCAAGACGCUCUUCGACAGCAAGGCUACGAAGUGACGACGCUGGAGGACCCUGACAUGGCGACGAUGCUGCGUGCCGUCUCACAGACGGAUACAACUAAGUCCAACUUCAUCUACGUUAGCGGCUACGGUGGUGCACUCAACCUUCGCCAGCCACCGGUCUUUGGGUUCGAGUCGUUGGCGGUGUACGUCGAGGAGGAGGCUCAGCGGGCCACCUUGGACUGCGACGAAAGCGGCACAUUCCGUCAACUAAUGGUGCAAAUGAAGGCGGAGAAGGCCAUGGUGCCGGUCAAGAAGUCGAAGAAAAAGGCAAAGAAGGCUGCAGCGGCUGCUCGACCAAGGAAGACGGCUGAGGAAGCCGAGCUCCAGCAGCGUCAACUCGAGGGUCUUCUGUUCUCGUACCGCCAGGAGAUGGAGAUGGAGGAAUUGUCUUAUCGGGACAGCCUUGUUCACGAGUACGAGUCGAUGAACCAGCUUCUGUCGCGGCAGCUGCGACAUGUGAUCGCGGUUACGCGGGAGUACGAAGAGCGUUAUAAAUCAAAAGGCCCUGAAGGUGACGCGCAGAACUACGUGUAUACGGGCAAAUCACGCAUGAUUGAGCCCUUCGCCACGACUGUCGUGGAUAUGGAGGAUGUCAUCCGAGCUGCGUUGCACUGGCAGGACCCACCACCAGGCCUGCAAUGCGUCGUUGCGGUUGACCUGCAACCUGUGAUGCCGUACUCGUGUGGUGUGGCGUGCCUCGCCAGCAGUACCGGAAACACGUUCCGAGUGCCUUACCGCCCGCAGCAGCGUGAGCUCCUGUCCCCGAUCCUUGUAAAGGCCUUUAACGGACAGCUUCCAAAGAUCUCGGCCACUUCCAAGUAUGCUGUUCUCUCUGGUGGCAUUGAAACGGCGAUGAAUCAGCGGGACUGGAAGUCGUUCGCGUCGUACGUGGUGGGAAAGCUGCAACCCUACUGCCACCCCGAGCGCUUCCGCAUGCUGUGUGGGGAGUUAGACCGGCAUCUUCCCUUUGUCGCGGAGCUAGUGCCUGUGCGCGACAUUGUCAUGGAUGCUGAGGCCAGGGAUCGUCGGCGCCGAGAGCGCGAUACACAGAAGGUGAAGGCGCAAGUUUCGUUUGGCGUUGGCAGCGCGAAGAUUCAGAGUGAUAUGUUUUCCCUCUUCCGUGAUUUCCUAGAGGGUGUCACAGUGAGCGAGCUUGCCUUUGUCAACACAAUUCGUAUUCUCUUCACACAACAAAACAAGGGGAUCGAUGGCAUUCAGGUGGAGGAGGUCAUUGGCGCGCUGGAGAAGUGCCGCCCUGCUGUGUGCAGCAUGGCGUUCGAGGUGCGAGUGACUGCCGCUGGCGUGGAGGUGCAGUUCAAGGUGUCCGAAGCAGGGGAUAAGCUUCUCCUUAGUCAGUGGCUCAAUGUGGUCUCGUUGCGCAGUCUAACGUGGCAGUUUCACCAGCGGCCACUGUUUGGGAUGGGCCGACUGGAGGUUGACUAUAUCGAGUACCUGUAUGAUGCCAAGUUUGCCUGUAGUGCGAGGCGCUACUGGCAGCUUUGCAAGCAGUUCCACGCGUUCCCUGUGCCGAAACCGUACGUUCGCUUCGUGCAAGCCCGCGUGUUGAUGUCAUCAGACAAGCAGUAA